CUCACACGAUGUUAGGAACCUGACAGAGUUGGAUACAGUAGCUCAGUGAAGUACAUACGCCGUUGUUUACAAGGAAAUAUGCGCCCAAACGCAGCGAUGGCACUUGGUGUGCUGGCUCUCUGCGCGCUGAUUUGCGUCCACUCCAUGAUUGACGCGUAUCCAUCCAAGCCAGCGAGCCCCCGUGAAGACGCCCCCCCAGAGGAACUUGCAAAGUAUUACUCUGCGCUCAGACACUAUAUCAACCUCAUCACGAGACAGCGGUAUGGUAAAAGAUCCAGCCCGGAUACUGUGUUCUCAGACAUGUUACUGAGAGAGAGUGCAGAGAGCAUCCCACGAUCAUAUGGAAGAUAUGAUGACCUCUGGUAAAGCCAGACUGUUUCUGUGCAAUCAAUGUAUUUCAACUCCGUGUAUUUCACAGACUGCCUGCUCAUAUGAUGGACAUAUCAUAUGUCAUAUAUUGCAUGCAGCUGCAUAUUUGUGAAAUAAAAUUUGCUAUGUAACUAUUCACGAUACUGUAACUGUUGCUUCUGUUGAAUAUUGACAGUAAACCAGUGAUUCAAAAGUUUUCAGUGGUCUAUGUCUGCCAGUGUUGGCAUGUUACUGUUAUAGCACUGUAACCAAACAACUUAAACA